AUGGCGGCUUCAGACAUCCUCCUCGUGACUUUGUGGAGCGCCGCCGUCUUCACGUCUGCCCUCUGCUGUCCUGAGCUCUGCACCUGCUCCGACAAAUACGGCCGGGACUUUGCCGAAUGCUCCUACAAACAUCUAGCCCAAGUCCCGGAAGGCCUCCCUCCCAAUGUCACCACCGUGAGCCUCACCGUCAACCAGAUCGCCUUCAUCCCGCUGGGCAGCUUCGACAACGUCACCCAGGUCACCUCGCUGUGGAUGGCCCACAACGAGAUCGUGUCCGUCGAGCAAGGCAGCCUUCUGCCUCUGGUCCACCUCCGGAAUCUGGACCUCAGCCACAACAGGCUUGUGGACUUCCCCUGGGAGGACCUGCAGAACCUCACGGCCCUGCAGCUUCUCAAGAUGAACCACAACCAGAUGGAGAGUCUCCCCAGGGACGCCUUCUCCAACCUCAAAGACCUGAGCUCCAUCAGACUCAACAGCAACAGGUUCGUGGCUCUAGCCGAGGGGACCUUCGACGGCCUGGUGUCUCUGACGCACCUUCAGAUCCACAACAAUCCGUUCGGGUGCACCUGCUCCCUGGACUGGCUCAGGGACUGGCUUUUGACAGCCACCAUCUCGGUUUCGGAGCCCCGUUUGAUCACCUGUGCGAGCCCCGAGGAGCUCAAAGGAAAGGCCCUCUCCGCCCUGCCGGAGUCGAAGUGCGCGGGGCCGAACGUCACGGUGCGAUUCGAGCCAGACCUCCGAGGAGAGGCUUUGCAUGAGGACACCAGGCUGGUCUUGACGUGUGAGUUCGAGGGAAACCCGAAGCCGCAGAUCGCGUGGAGCAUUCGCAGCGGCGCUCAGAGACAGGAGCUGGAUUUGUCGUCAGCGGAGGACGGCUCUGCAGACUCCACCGAGGAUCUGCCCACGUCCGUCAAGGCCUUCAAGAACGGAACCCUUCUCAUUCCCACCGUCAGGAGGGAAGACAGCGGAAACUACAGCUGCUCCGCCACCAACGAGUUCGGUACCGCCGAGGACUCGGUGUUUGUGGAGGUGGUGGCGACGCCCAAACCGACCCCCACAGAGCAGACCACCACGGCUUCGGCCUCCCCCAGAACCAAGCCCUUCACACCGCAAAACCCCGAAAAAACUUCCCCUUUCAAAUCAGCGCUUCUCCCUGAUUUAGAGAUAAGCGACACCCCGACCGCGAUGCCCACUUCCCCCCCGACUGCCGACGUCAGUUCCGAGUCUCAGGAGGACGCGGCGAGGUAUCUGCCCCCUCCGAGCAAGUGCGGCCUGACGGCUAACACGAAAAACAUCUCGAGUGAAGCCUUAAACCGGAGCCUGGAGGAGGUCAGGGAGUACACCUUUGACUUUGGCGUCAUCGCGUUGGGGGUGUCGGAAACAGAGGUUUCGGUGCGGCUCAACCCCCUCCUCAUGCCCAGGGGCCGGCGCGAGGAGCCCGACAGCCCCCCCGAGGCCCACUCAAACGGCCUGUACCUGUGCAUGGCGGCCGACAGCAGGCACUCGGCCGUGCAGUGGACCAGGAUCAGGGAGGGCGUGGACACCUACCGGUUCGGCGGCCUGCGGCCCAGCACCAACUACUCGCUGUGCCUGACCUACAGGGGCGAGGACUGCGAGGUCCAGGUGCUGUUCGCCACCCGGAGGAGGGUCCCCAACCUGCUCAUCAUCGUCUCGGUCAGCAUCUGCCUCCUCACGGUGUCCACCGUGCCCCUGCUGGGCGCCACCUGCUUCCACCUGGCGUACAAGUACCGCAGCAAGACCUACAAGCUGAUCCUGAAGGCCAAGGACCAGUACCACAUGGAGAGGAACCUGGCUGCCAACCUGAAGAUGCACGCCCCCCACACCGAGUCCCAGAGGAGGAUCAAUGGCAGCCAGCUGGACGAGGAGGACGGGGAGAGCGUGGAGGAGGGGGGGAAGGAGCCGGACACGGAGGAGAGCGUGGUGACCGAGUCCUACGCCCUGUCCCAGUGCAGGGGGAACUCAGACGACUGUGAGAUGGGCUCAGAGUACAGCGACCGCUUGCCGUUAGGAGCCGAAGCCGUAAAUAUCAUAAGCAACUACAAAUACCCAAAUCAGUAA